CAAUUUAAAUUUAAUCAAAUCGAGUGCGAAUCAGAAUUUGGUCAAAGUAUACAUGCAAAACGCCAAAAUAGAGAUGUCCAGACUUCUUGAGUAUGCACAUAGGGAGAAAAGAGGAAAAAGCACAUUCUUUUCUCAGCGAACUGCUGCGUGCUCUUGCCCACCGCUUGACAAGAAACAACUCUCUUUUCCUCUUGGUCACAAUUACAGCAUGGUAAUGAAGCUCCACGGCCACCCUUUCUCUCCAGCAACACACAGAGUGAUGGCCUGCUUGGAAGAGAAAGGGCUUGAAUAUGAAUUUGUGCACAUCGACUUAUCAACUGGGCAGCACAAGAAGGAGCCCUUCCUUUCACUUAAUCCGUUUGGUCAAGUUCCAGCCCUUGAAGAUGGAGACUUGAAGCUCUUUGAAUCAAGGGCGAUAACUCAAUACCUUGCAAACAUCUAUGCUGACAAGGGAACCCCUCUUGUGCCUCAAGAUCCCAAGGAAAAGGCGAUAGUGUAUGUUUGGAUGGAAGUGGAAUCCCACAAGUUCGAUGCAGCCGCAGCAAAACUGUCGUACGAGCUCGUUACAAAGCCAAUGCUGGGGAUGACUACCGAUGACGCUGUUGUGGAAGAGCAUCAAGAGAAGCUAGGCAAAGUUCUUGAUGUUUACGAGUCACGUUUAACCGGAUCCAAGUACUUGGGAGGGGAAGCCUUUAGCUUGGCGGAUUUUCACCAUCUCCCAAUUGUGAGCUCCUUGUUUGGAACCAAGACGAAGGCCUUGUUCGAUGCAAGGCCUAAUGUGAGCGGGUGGUGUGCGGGUAUCCUGGCCCGUCCUGCCUGGCAGAAGGUUGUGGAGAAGAUGAAGCACUGAGUGCAAACAGUGAAUUAUGUGGCUUAUCCAUGGUUGUGUGAUAUGGCAUGCAUGGUUUCUCUUAGAGCUUUGACAAGGAAAAUCGUGUGUUGUUGGAAUAAUAUCAGGUUAAGCUCUUCUUAUUGUAAAUUUCAAAAUAAAAAAAAUGUUAAGUGCAACAAAAUUUUGGAUAAUUGGUUUGAUUCGAUCAAAACUGAUUCGCGCAAGAA